AUUAAGAAAAAUAAAAAAGAUGGCUCCGACGAAGAAAGGAAAGAAGAACAAUUCGGCCGGAUCAACGACGGCCAAAUCCACCGCCGCAGAAUCUUCGAGUUUUCCGGCGUGUUUGCGACUACUUACACCUUCCUCCGUCGCCAUCACCAUCCACGCUAAGCCAGGUUCCAAAUCCGCCUCCAUCACCGAUGUGAGCGAGGAAGCGGUGGGCGUUCAGAUCGACGCACCGGCAAGAGAUGGUGAAGCUAACGCAGCUCUUCUCGAGUACAUGAGCUCUGUAUUGGGAGUGAAAAAAAGACAGGUCUCACUCGGUUCAGGAUCUAAGUCACGAGAUAAAGUUGUGAUUGUGGAAGAUAUGACACAACAAAGCGUUUUUCAAGCUUUGACCGAAGCAUCAAAACCUACCUGAAAAAAAUCCCAUUCCCAAGCCUGUAACUUUAUGGAGGAACUAAAAGCACCAAAAGCUAAAUGGGUUCGUGUUCACUUAAGGUACGAAUAGUAUAAAGAGACCUACAGGAUUUGUAAAAGAGAUCAUAGUUGUAUGUUACUGUGAACUAUAUGCAAUGUAAAUCUGUAGACUAUUGCUUGUUAUAUAAUCAAUUUUGUUCCAAUUGAUCUGAACACCUUUA